CGCAGUACUAACCAUCACCAAACUCCCUCCGCGGAAACAUCCCGUGGUGGAUAGGUAAGUGGGUUGGAUGGCGGCAAUCAUGGCUCCUUCGGGACCUCCCUGACGUGACAUGCAUAUGCAUAAGGCGCACGUCAGAAUCUCACGAACUCUAACUUUUAUAUAAACCUCUCAUCUUUAAUUCUCUACAUACCUCAAGACGAACAAGCCCCAUUCAAAAUGGUAGACUUCACACUCUCCCCCACCGAAAAAACCAUCCAACAAGCUGCUCGCAGCUUCGCGGCAACCCACCUUUCAGGUGCCAAAGCAGCAUACUCCCUCAUCCCAUCUCACGCGGAACGAUUCCAAUCCACCCGCCCCAUCUACCACGCCGCCGUCCUCGCUGGCUUAAUCAAAGGCCAAAUCCCCACGCCCCUAGGCGGCACCAGCGGCAGCCUCCUCGAAGCCGCUCUCCUCGUCGAAGAACUGUACGCCGUUGAACCAGGCGCCAGUCUCACGAUUCUCGGUACGGGACUCGGGUUAACGCCGCUGGUCCUCGCGUUCCGACCUGAGGUUGCGGAGUUUCUGGAGCCGUUUUUGAAGGGGGAGGGGGAGCCGUUGGCGAGUUUGGUGUUCUCGGAGCCCGGGGGUGUGGCGAAUUGGCUGGAGGAGGGAGCGCCGGGGUUACAGACUACGGCGUAUCUUGAUGGGGAGGAGUGGGUUUUGAAUGGUGAGAAAGUCUGGGCAACCAACUCAGCAGGAUGGGAUUUCAAAGGCGCUGAUCUUGGCUGUGUUGUUUGUCGGUGCACUCAUCCUGAUAUACCGGCUUCUGCUAGUCCGGCUGAUCGCAUUAUGAUAUUGCUUGUUACGGCAGCGGAUAUUGCGCGUGGUGAGGAGGGAGUCUUUGAAGUGCUGGGCCACCAGCAGAUGGCGGGGCAUACUGCAAGUUCGGGGCCGCAUGUAAAGUACACCAAUCUCCGAAUCCCGAAAAAGAACCUACUGUGUUCUCCAGGAACAGGUGCCCAGAUUGUCACAUCCACUUUUGAGAUAUCAGCCUGUCUCGUCGGAGCAAUGGGCGUCGGCCUCCAACGCGCUAUCUUCGACGCAGCACUAUCCUUCUCCCGCACCUCUCGCGGCGGAACCACCCCCAUCGGCCACCGCCAAUCCGUAGCAGACCUCCUAAUCGACAUCAAAAUGCGCACCGAAACUUCACGCUACCUAACCUGGUCCGCCGCCCACCACCUCUCCACCAGCCAGGGUAAGAACCGCGAACUCGCUCUCGAGGCGAAGAUAUAUUGUUCCGACGCAGCGGUCAAGUCUGCUGUUGAUGCUGUGAAUCUUGUUGGGGUGUCGGCGUAUGAUCUCAAACAGCCAUUCUCAGAGCUGUUAAACGACGCGAUGGUGUUGCCUAUCUUCGAUGGGGGGAAUGUGGGGAUUCGGAGGAGGGCGUUGCAGGGGAUUUUUAUGGGGGAGGGGUAUGAGGCUUGGGCGACGUGCUAUGAGUGAAUAGGAGGAGUGGGAUUGAGGAUAGGAUUUGGAAUAGCCUCCCUACUCGCGAAAUGCAAAGGAGGUUUUGAGGAGAAUGUGGUGGUUCGCAAGAGGAAGGGCAAGGUAGGCAAUAUAGCAAGGUCAUUUUUGCCUUCAGCUGAGAAUGGAA